CCAAGCAAGCUGCUGCGGGCCAGUCGUUAAUUACGCAGCAAACUCGCCCAUUUAUCCAACCUGCUAUUACAGGACGUUUUGGUAUUGCGAGAGGGAAAGUAGCAAUUAUCUGUGGUUGGUUCUAACGAUCAGUACCGGUUACCUUGGGGCUUUAUAGCGGGGUGGUGUAGUGUCUUUCUUGCAGUAAGCGUGACGCCCUAACGUGGUGAUGAUGGGAUGCGCGCACUGUUCUUCGGUGAGUCGGUGAUAACUAAUACUGUGGAUAAGAAGAACACGACAUUCCCCUAUCAGCCUGGCCUGCAUACGGAUGAAGCAUAAAGGUAUCAACCGGGUGUAUUUCCGGGACCCCGGACCCCCGAUGGAUUUGCCCGUGUGGCGUAUCGUGGGGAUCGCAAUCAGUUUGAUGUGUGCUGUUAUUCUGGGGAUUCAACUGUCUUUUACGGUCUACGCAUUGCCAUUAAAACAGACAUUCAACUUCACUCAGACAGAUGUGGAGAUCGUUGCCUCGGCCAGUAUGGCAGGUAUGGGGGUGAGUUUCUUACAGGCGUAUCUCACCUAUCAGCUGGGUCAUAUCAUCACUUACUGGAUUACUCUAGUCGUCGGCGUCGGCUCCGUCCUACUCCUCUCCUUAGCUGCACAUCAACACGAAUUCUUCAGUGACCAGCCCUCCUAGUGGCACUCUUCCAAUUCCUCAUGUCGGCGACAUUUCGGAUGUCACUAUGGACGCUGUCAGGCAUUGCUGUAUCCAAUUUCUCACCUAAGCACACAGGGAAAAUUACGUCCGCAUACCUGGCCUUUAUCGGACUCGGCAAAGCGUUUUAUAUCACACUGUACCGAUUUGCAUUUGCCGAGAACGAGAACUUGACUGGGUUCUUUCUGGCAACGGCAGUGACUUACGGUGUGCUCUUCUUCCUGUGUAUAAUGUUUCACAGACCCAUUCCUAAAGAAGAGUUAAAAAAUGAGAAGGAAGCUGAAGACAUGCAGUUAAUAUCCCCUGACGAAGACGAAGAGAACAACCUUCCCAAAACUAAUGGUCUGAAAGCUUUGGAAAGUCAAGCCGACCCCAAGGCAGAGUUUUCACUGAAAAAAAUGUUGCUGAGCCCCUUUUUUCAGCUCAUGAUAUGGCCUUCAGGUUUAUUCUACGCAUGCGCGUAUGCGUACCUGAAUAACCUCACCACAAUGCUUUACACGAUGAGGAUCCGGAAACCUGACGUGUUCAUAUACGUCAUUUCCGGUACCAUUGCCGUCACGCGUUUUUCCGCAGGUGCCAUCUUUGAUUGUCUAGGAACGUUGCGAACUAGAUUCGGUCUUCUGUUGGCCUGCUAUUCGUCUUUCUUAGUUGUGAUAUGUUUGAACCUUCUAUGGCUCCAGAUACAGUGGGUUGUGAUCAUGUCUACGAUAUUCGGAGGCAUCGCCAUCGGCCUCGCGAACUGCGUGCCCAUCGCCAUGUUGACGGUCUACUACGGCAAGGAGAAUUACUCUAUAAUGUCGGGGGCUAUGUAUUUCUUGGUCUCCGCGUUUUGCGUGCUAAUCCAAGUCGCUGUCGGACAGCUCUACGACAACAACAUCUCCAGCGUUUCCGAAGAAGGACUUUUCUGUUACGGCAAAGGGUGUUUCUUCCGUCCGUUGAUUCUGCUGCUUUCUUUAACGGUGCUAGUCUGUCCUAUCCAAAUAAUUAACAUGUGUCUCCAUUCCUGAAAUCUACAGGUAAUGCACUGAACUUUGUCCACAACAUCGUCAAUGUCCUUUCACUCUUACCGCUAAAGACGGAACUGCACUAUAAUCAGUGAAUAAAGCAAUGGGCAAACAAAGCGUGUGACUGUCAAGAACUGGUCCGAUAUAGCUUGUUCCAUUUAUACAGAGACAUGAACAAGGUCAGUUGGAACUUCAGAUUCUCCAAGCUAAUCCCUAUACACAGACUAAGGCAGUCGCGCAAAACCCUGCACUGUCUCGCGUGAACUGGCAUCCCGCGGUUAUAGUCAUGUAACACAAUAGCAAAAAAGGUCCGAACAACGUCACCAAAAUUCGCAUUGGCUCUUCAUGUUUCCAUUCUGUGUAACUAAACUCACGUGCAGAACUCAACAAACCUAUCAGAAUUCACGUGCGCCAUCGUUUUGAACAACCGAGGGUCGUUGUUGUAUAGAGUAUUUGAAUUCUUCAACGGUUCCACUUCGAGACUCCCACUGGACCCAUUGUAACACGAGACAGACGAGGUUCUACGGGAUUAUACAUAUGCAGAUGUACAUAUGCUGAGUGCGCAUGACAUGCUUCUGAUUUCCCCUGAUCUGUGAUAUAAUUAUCUGUGACACUUUCUCUACUGCGCUGUACAUCGGUAUAGACUGGCCCACAUUUUGUACCAUUCUUGUCACAUGAUAACAAAUGAAGUGAUACAAUAUCCUGUUAUUAUAAUGUGAUAUCAAGUGCAUGUCUUGACAUACACACGCAUGUGAUGUGUGAUAGGAUGCGUGUGUAAUUACCUCUAUACUCCAUAUAAAGACCUAGUACGGCGUAAAACACCAGUCAAAUAAAUAAAUAAAUAAAAUAUACAGACCUGAUCGCCUUCCAUCAAGUGCGAAUCAAAACAUCAAUCAAAAAGUUUAAAAAAUGAACAAUUUUACUCCGUGUACAUAUAAAAACAUUUUAAGCUGUUAAGCAGUAUUGAAUCUUCAAGUCGCAUGCGAAUGCUUUUUGUCCUUCAAUAAAUAAAUACUUUUGAAGGAUUUAGCCUACAUCGAAAAAGUGGAGGCCAAAUGCCACAAUCGCUUCCUUCACUUUCCUGUGCGCACUUGCAGUUGACUUGAUGGAUUGACUCUUUCCUUUUUGGUAAAUACACUGUUUACACUACAUCUAAAUAUAGAGUUUUAUCUCCUUUGUUCCAUGUCAGAUCGUACAGAUAAUGGAUAUGUGGUGCGUGUUUUAGCGAUUCUAUAUCUUGUGCUUUGUUCACAACAUCCCGAUUCUCUAUGCACUCAUUACGUGAUUGUCUGCACUCAUUUCGUGAUUGCCUACACUCACUUCUUGAUUGCCUGCAUUCAUUUCGUGAUUAUCUACACUCAUUUCUUUGAUUUUCUACUGUCAUUUCCUGAUUGUCUAAAUUCGUUUCCUGAUUGUCUACACUCGUUUUUUGAUUGUCUAGACUCAUUUCUUGAUUGCCUGCACUCAUUUCUUGAUUGCCUGCACUCAUUUUCUUGAUGGCAUACACUCAUUUCUUGAUAGCAUACAUUCAUUUCUUGAUUGCUUACACUCAUUUCUCGAUAGCUUGUACUCAUUUCUUCAUUGCCUGUAUUAAUUUCUUGAUUGCCUGUACUCAUUUCUUGAUUGCCUGUACUCAUUUAUUGAUUGUCUACACUCAUUUCUUGAUUGCCAGCUUAUCCACCGGCAUUUGUGCGUGGUUCUCUCAUCUCGAGCAGAGGUGUUGCUUUGCCCCCUAUCUCAGUUCUCAAAAUAGAUUCCCGGGAUUUCCAUGCCUCCGCCGUUUUUCGUGAUAAACGGUCGACAUGGUCCAGUUUUAUGUAGCCUCACACGGAAUCAUCGGAGAUCACUUGUUUUCCUACCACCUGAAUGCCAUAUACACAAUGAGCCUGUUCUGAGUGUGAUAAGCUUUGACUGUCACACGAGGAAUACUUGAUCAGUUCUUGACUUUAUUCCCGGCACUUCGGUUUCCACCAUUGAUGACCCUGGCGAGCCCGUUGUAGGGGUCUUUAAGUAUAAUAUUCUUGGGUAUGACAUUAACCAUUCAAUCAAUCGAUCAACUAAUCACUCCAUGCACAAAGCUAUUAAUCCCUCUUGUGAAAAUUUCUAAUGUGGAGAACAUUAAUUAUCUCCAGAUCCUGAAGACGUUUUCCAAAUGAUGUCAAAUGUAUAGCCGCAUUAUUGUCUCCAACAGCGACCGGCCCUUGAUGUCUGUGAGGUUUGUUUAUUAUACAGUAUACAUUGCCAUGCUUGAAGGUCGUGACCUUGAGUUUCUCUUGAGUCCUUGUUGAAAGAAUAUUGUAGACAUCCCAUCUACGGCAAUUAGCACAGAGUUACUCGUAUACAAUCUUGCUAAAUGAAAAAUCAAAAAAUUCUAAUCAAAAUCUUGGAAGCUAUAGAUUGCUACCGUAUGCUUCCUUGGGUUCUGCCUGGAAUACCGAUUGGAUCUCUGUAACAAAGAGCCGAAAAUGCGGAAACCCAUUUCCAUGCUUCUUUGACUCGUCACAGCUAUUUUGCUUCAUUCUUAUUUAUUUAUUUGAUUAGUGUUUUACGCGGUACUCAAGAAUAUUUCACUUAUAC